AUGCCCGGGGUAGCUUGGCUGUUUUACUCCAUGCUGGUGCUGCUCCUGCUGGCCCUGCUGGGGGCUGCUCUGUUCUUCUGGCAGCAUACUCCAGCAAGGAACAAGAUCCCCAGGGCACAGAGGCGUAGAGUGGUAGCUUUGCAGCAGAUGGAGGCACUGGCAAAGCGUCUCCGGCAGCAGGAGCCAUCCCUGGACCCCAAGCCCAUCCUGGAGCUGCCCCUGGAGACACUGGUCCAGAAGCUGCAGGAUGAAGAACUCAGUGUGGAGAGCGUCCUGUGUAGCUACUUAGAGGAGGCACUGAAGGUACACCAGGAGGUGAAUUGCCUGACGGAUUUCCUGGGUGAGUGUGAGGAGCAACUACAGGCAUUGAAGAAGCUUAGGAAGACUGAGAGAGGCCUUCUUUAUGGGGUCCCUGUCAGCCUCAAGGACCCCUAUGACUGCAAGGGCCAUGAUUCUACAUGUGGUCUGACCCAGUUCCUGGAGAAGCCAGCAGCCAAGGAUGGGGUCAUUGUGCAAGUGCUCAAGGCUCAAGGAGCUAUUCCCUUUGUUAAGACCAACAUCCCUCAGACACUGUACAGUUUUGAUUGCAGCAACCCCAUCUAUGGACAGACUCUGAACCCUCUGAACUUAAAGAAGACACCAGGGGGCUCCUCAGGGGGUGAGGGAGCCCUGCUGGCAAAAGGAGGUUCCAUCCUGGGCAUGGGUACUGACACUGCUGGCAGCAUCCGCGUACCAGCCAGCUUUUGUGGUAUCUGUGGCCUCAGGACCACAGGAUACCGCCUCAGCUUCUCUGGAGUUUCCAGUGCUGUCAAAGGCAAGAAAUCAGUGACUACAGUGGCUGGCCCCAUGGCCCGGGAUGUGGAGAGCCUGGCUCUGUGUCUGCGAGCCCUGCUAAGUGAAGACAUGCACCGACUGGACCCUACUGUGCCUUUUAUGCCCUUCAGGGAGGAGGUAUACUCCAGUAACCAGCGCCUUCGAAUUGGCUUCUGUGAAACAGAUGGCUUCACCCAGCCAUCUCCUAGCAUGGCCAGGGCUGUGAGGCUCACCUCCAGGCUGCUCCAGGAUGCGGGACAUCAGGUAGGCUUGCUUACCCCUGGAUGGGGAAGGAAGCCAGACUGGCGAGGAGACUGGGCUGGGCCAUUCUUGGAGAGAAAGGAAGUUAUAUCUGAGUUUGAGCUGCUAACAUCACUUGAGGGGGACAUUGUGGACCCCUGCAUAAAGGGAAUGGUCAACUGGCUCCGCCUGCCAGACCUACUCAAGCGUUUCUUGGCCUGGAUCCUGAAGUACACAGAACCCCGAGCUAGCCAGACUUGUGAAGAGAUUCGUGGAGUGGGGACUCCCAAGAAACUGUGGGAGCAGCACGCAGCAGUGCAGGAAUAUCAGCAAAAGUUCAUAGCCAAGUGGAGGUCCCUGGACCUGGACGUGCUGCUGAUGCCAGCUAUGGACCCCGCCUUCCAUAUAUGCUAUUCUGAGAUAGGAACAGAUAUUGCCUCCUACACGGGCCUGUACAACAUCCUGAACUUCCCUGCUGGUGUUGUGCCGGUCACCACUGUGACGCCGCAGGACGAGGAGGAACUGGCCUUCUACACGGGAUACUACGGAGAUAGUACCGACAAAAAUUUCCAGAGGGCGAUACAAGGAUCUGUGGGACUUCCUGUGGCUGUGCAGUGCAUUGCUCUUCCAUGGGAAGAGGAGCUGUGUCUCCGGUUCAUGAAAGAGGUGGAGACCUUGGCCAAGAACCACAGUGGACCCAAGUGACUGGCCACUCCUUCUCCUGGAGGCCUUCUUCAUCCUCAUCCAAGUCUGCUCCUGAUGCCCCUUUUCAUGAAUACCAUAUCUGCCUCAUGUCUCCUCCUCCCUGAGGCCCACCACAUUCCUUUUCUUUGUCAUUCCUCUGUGUGGGUCCUCAAUACAUGGACUCCUCACAUUGGCCCAAGAUGGGGCACAGGGUGAAAGGGCCCAAUAAACAUU